CCCUGGCAGCACAGGGGGCGUGGCUCCGGGCUGGAUUGGUGACGCCUGGGCGCGGCGGGCGCCUGCGCAGUGCCGAGGGCUGGGGGAGAGCCCCCUGAGAGACGGCGGCCGCUCGACCCCUCACGGCCGCGCCAUGGCGGACGAGGAGCUGGAGGCGCUGAGGAAGCAGAGGCUGGCCGAGCUGCAGGCGAAGCACGGGGAUCCUGGCGAUGCAGCGCAACAGGAAGCAAAGCACAGGGAAGCAGAAAUGAGAAACAGUAUCUUGGCCCAAGUUCUGGAUCAGUCAGCCCGGGCCAGGUUAAGUAACUUAGCACUUGUAAAGCCUGAAAAAACUAAAGCAGUAGAGAAUUACCUCAUACAGAUGGCAAGAUACGGACAACUAAGUGGGAAGGUGUCAGAACAAGGUUUAAUAGAAAUCCUUGAAAAAGUAAGCCAACAAACAGAAAAGAAAACAACAGUUAAAUUUAACAGAAGAAAAGUAAUGGAUUCUGAUGAAGAUGAUGAUUAUUGAACAAAAAUGUUUAGAGACUAGAACUUAAUGGAACAAUUCUAGGACAGAAGUUAAGAUUUGUUUAAAUGUUUACUUUGUUUAUUGUCUAUAUGCCUUUUAAAAGAAAAUAAACUUGUUAUGCAAAA